AUGUUAGACAAGCGGAUUGGCUUUGGUGACUUGGAAGAGAAGCCAACGCUGACACCGACGUUCUCUGCUCGUAGUAUCGGUGAGGACACUGAGACGGUGGCGGAGGACGGUGAUGCAGAGAUGUUGGAGACGGAUCGUCUUUUGGCUCAGGUGGAGGCGCGCGAUCUCAUUGAAUUUGGCAUCAUCCCCGAAUUCGUCGGUCGCUUUCCCAUUAUCACCGCCUUCCAUGCGCUCAGUGAGCGUAUGCUUACUCGGAUUCUCACCGAGCCACGCAACGCCCUGCUUCUCCAAUACAAACUUCUAUUCCAAAUUGAUAAGUGUACCUUAACUGUGACCGAAGACGCAUUGCGGGCCAUUGCACGCCAAGCCAUGGUGAUGAAAACGGGAGCCCGUGGUCUCCGUGCAAUCAUGGAGAAAGUGCUACUGCAGCCCCGAUACGAUGUGCCUGGAUCUGACAUAUCUGAGGUGAUCAUCAACGAGGACGUAAUAUUAGGUCGAACGGAGCCUACCUAUGUUUAUGCGGAUACCCAGGACAGCUGCGGGUUAGGAGAAGAAAGUGUCGAUGAUGGUGCAGAUGAAGUUACGGCAGAAGCGGCAUCGUCCAACACUGCAGGGUCUACUACAGCAUCCAUCUCAGCCUGA